ACAUUCUGUUUGCGCUGUGUGUUUCCUAAGCUUGUGACCCUGAAAAAGGCAGGUGUGUAUCCUUCAAGAAGCAGAGAGGUAGAGACUAAAUGGAUCUAAAGACAGCAGUGUUCAACGCAGCUCGUGAUGGCAAGCUGCGGCUCCUUUCCAAGUUACUGGCAAGCAAAACAAGAGAAGAGAUAGCUCUACUGAUGUCAGAGAAAACCAAUGGUGCUACACCACUUCUGAUGGCAGCCCGUUAUGGUCACCUUGACAUGGUGGAAUACUUGUUGGACCAUUGCUCUGCAUCAAUAGAAGUUGGUGGUUCGGUGAAUUUUGAUGGUGAGACCAUUGAGGGGGCUCCGCCAUUAUGGGCAGCAUCUGCAGCUGGCCACUUGAGGGUGGUUCAGUGUCUGUUAGAUCAUGGUGCAUCUGUCAACAAUACAACUCUGACAAAUUCAACACCGCUUAGAGCUGCCUGUUUUGAUGGUCACCUGGAAAUAGUAAAAUAUCUGGUGGAGCACAAAGCAGACCUGGAAGUGUCAAACCGUCAUGGACAUACAUGCCUGAUGAUCUCAUGUUACAAAGGCCACAAAGAAAUUGCUCAGUAUUUACUUGAAAAAGGAGCUGAUGUUAACAGAAAAAGUGUUAAAG